UAAAGAAUGUCUUUCAGAUUAUAAGUAACAGAUCCUGUAAAAGAUAAAAUAUCGAUCUUAGAAGUGGAUUAAACACUUACUGUAUUGGAUUUAAAAGCAUUAAUAGAAGUAGAAGUAAGAUUUUGUUAAGAUUUAAGUUUUAAAUAGCUGUGGCUAGAUAAUAAUUGAUUUAUGGAGGAAGAAUAUUGAAUGAUAAUGAUACUCUUUCAAAGUAUAAUAUGUAAAAUGAAGAUUUGGUUCUAAUUGAGAGAAAAUAAAAAUAAUAAAGGACUCCAUUAGAAUUAGAAGCAAUAAAGUUCAUAAAACAUUUUUAAUAAAAUCCUCAUUUAAUAGAGGCAAUAAGAAUAAAAGAUCCAAAACUGGCAGAAUCAAUAUAAAAUAAAAAAUUAGCAGGUGUAAUGGAAUAUAUAUAGCAAUAAGUAUUAAUAUUAUUGAUUUUUAGUAAUAAAAGAAAUUCUAAGAAUAAUAGGAAUACAUACGAAAGAUGUAAUAAUUGGAGUAGGAUCCUCUAAAUCCUGAAAAUUAAAAGUUAAUAGAAGAGAUGAUCAACAAGAAAAACAUAGAAGAAAAUCGAGAAUAUGCUGAAGAAUACAUUCCGGAAAGUUUUGGCACUGUUACAAUGUUGUAUAUAGAAUUAUCAAUUAAUCGUCAUCCUGUAUAAGCUUUUGUUGAUAGUGGGGCACAAAGUACCAUAAUGUCUAAAGCUUGUGCAGAGAGAUGUGGAAUUAUGAGAUUAGUUGAUACUCGCUUUUAAGGUAUAGCUUAAGGAGUAGGUACAUAAAAAAUAAUAGGAAGAAUUCAUGUAGUUGAAAUGUAAAUUCUAGAUCAAGUAAAUUUAUUUAUAUUAUAAAUUAGUUUCUACCAUGUUCUUUAACUAUUUUGGAUGGAGAUGGAAUCGAUUUUUUAUUUGGAUUAGACAUGCUUAAAAGAUAUUAAGUAAUUCUUCUAUAUUUAAAAAUAGUGCAGUAUAAAUUUGAAAGAUAAUUGCUUAAUAUUUCCUAAUGAAAAAUUGAGUGUCUAAUUCCUUUCAGAAGGUUAAAUUAAUAAGAGAAUCAGUAUUUAAUAGGAAUAAGAAAUUUUAAAAAGAUAAAAUAGUGAUUCCUAAAUAUAAGAAGAAUAAUAGAUAAAAUAAUCUAAUGAACCAUAAAAAUAAUAAUAAUAACAAUAAUAAUAAUAAUAAUAAUAAUCAUAACCAUAGUAAUAACAAUAAUAAUAACCAAAUGCCAAUAGAUCAGGUUCUAGACAUCCAGAAUAAUCAAUAUAAGCAAUUAUUAAUAUAGGAGCAACAAGAGCAGAAGCUAUAAAUGUAUUAGAUUAGACAAAUGGUAAUGUAGAAUUUGCAGCAUCUAUAAUUAUGUAGUAAAAAUAUGGUUUUAAUUGAU